CGCAUCAAUCCAUACAUGAGUAGCCCAUGUCACAUCGAAAUUAUUGUCUCAGAAGAAAAUGUCCAGGUGAAGCGCGAAAGCGAUGUUGAUAAGCAUCAGCGUCUCAAUCGCAGACAAAUUGCCAGACGAAGAUUGAUUGAGUCACAUGAGUCAAAUGAGUCAACCGCUUAA